AUGAACUUUCAAUACUUAGGACCUGUAUAUCUUCAUCAAGCAAUGGUUUUAAGUUUUGGCGGUUUUACAUUUGCUUCUGAUCAUCUGGAAUUUGCUGCAAAUCCUGCCACAUUACAAACGAAUAUUAUGUUUCAUCAUAUUGAAUGUUAUGGAAACUUUAUCGAUUUUCAAGUAUUAGUUGGUCAACAAUUAUCACAAGCCGCAGAAAUUAAGGUUAGGGCGGAAAAAAAACAGGACACGUUGUUUGCCUGCGAGGCAGGUUGCCAAUUUCCACCUGUUAAGUUCAGCUGGAAUGACGUUUCCAGUAAAAAUAACCUCUCCGUCACACCGUUGCUGUAUAUAUCAAAGAAUGAAAGUCAUCUGUUUACCCUCAAGAAUAUGGACUUCAUUCAACAAGCUUGGAAAGAUACUCGUUUUCAAAGCAAACAAUCUCAGACAUAUCUACCUGCAACAUUUUGGGCCUUUAUUGCAUUCCUUAUCAUAGCAUUUCAUUUGUACUUGGUGAAGUUGAUAUAUUCGGAGUGUUAAAGAGAGACAAGAUCUGUACGUUUAGCGCGAUAAUAUCUUUUUUAAUUCAUGAUAUUGACCAAAACGUUUCAUUUUGAAACUAUUUCAAAGUUAUAACCCUACAUAAGUGGUUGAUACACGAGAAAGAUUUUGUUUCGUUUUUAAUAUGAAAAUCUUUAACUUGA